UGGUGGUGGCUCAAGAUGGCGGAGGGUGACAGCGGGAGUGAGCGAGGCGGCGGCGGCGGUGGAGGUGGCGGCGGGGGAGGUGGAGGAGGCGGGGGAGGCGGCCUCUUGUUGCAGCAACAGCAGCAGGAGACACAGGAGCUGGCCUCCAAGCGGGUGGACAUCCAGAACAAGCGCUUCUACCUGGACGUGAAGCAGAAUGCUAAAGGCCGCUUCAUCAAGAUCGCCGAGGUGGGCGCGGGAGGCAACAAGAGCCGGCUCACGCUCUCUAUGGCGGUGGCGGCCGAGUUCCGCGACUACCUGGGCGACUUCAUCGAGCACUACGCGCAGCUCGGCCCGUCGGACACGGACUCGGCCGCCGGCCUGGCAUCAGACGAGCCGCGGCGAGCGCUCAAGAGCGAGUUCCUGGUGAGGGAGAACCGCAAGUACUACAUGGACCUGAAGGAGAACCAGCGCGGCCGCUUCCUGCGCAUCCGCCAGACCUUAAAUCGAGGCCCCGGCUUAGGUGGGACGCAAGGCCAGACCAUCGCCCUGCCGGCGCAAGGCCUGAUCGAGUUUAGAGACGCGCUGGCCAAGCUGAUCGACGACUACGGCGUGGACGACGAGCCGUGCGGCCAGGCCGAGCUGCCAGAGGGCACGUCCAUCACUGUGGACAGCAAGCGCUUCUUCUUCGACGUGGGCUCCAACAAGUACGGCGUGUUCAUGCGGGUGAGCGAGGUGAAGCCGUCGUACAGAAACUCCAUCACCAUCCCGUACAAAGCCUGGUCCAAGUUCGGCAGCGCCUUCAGUAAGUACGCCGAGGAGAUGAAGGAGAUCCAGGACAAGCAUCGGGACAAGAUGCUCUUCGAGAGGCGAGCCGACGAAUCGGAUGGCGAAGAUGUGGACGACGAUUGAAGCUAUUCAGUAAGAGAAGAAGAAACAAAAAAAAAGAAAAUAAGAGCAAAUUGUGUCGAUUGAGAAGUUUAAAAAAAAUUAACGAGUAAAUUGGUGUGUCGAUUGCAAAGAAAGACGUUUUAAAAAUCUUUAAAAAGAACAAAUUGGGUCGAUUGCAAAGAAGAUUUACAAAAAUAAAACCUCGAGAAAAUGUUUUGAAUAGUAUUUUUUGGGAAACGCAGUUACAUAAGUGAAAAUGCAUCUUCUGAGGAGUGGAAACGACUUGCAAUGGUAUAUGUAUGCAAAUUUGUGAAGGGAAAGAAAUGGAGCAAGUUCUUCUGGAAGAUGUUGGAUGAACGAUUCAUUGCGAAAUACACACUGUUAUUUGUGGAAAAGCGUCGUAUCACUGAACCAUCAGCAAUUCAGAAAAGAAAAGAUUUGUUGGCACAACCAAAAGUUUUACAGGAAGAGAAAAAAACUACAAACCUCCACAUGGAGUGAAAAUGAUUUGGAGAGCCACCACGAAGGCCCUGAAGCCAGCAACACUUCAAAAAAGUUCUUUUCGUAUAUUUAAAAAGUUCUUAUGGAAGUUUUUUUAAUUAUUUUAAAUACUGGACAAUCAAGAGUCAUUUUUAAAAUUUGUUUUCAUUCUAAAUAUUUCAAAUAUAUUUGAUAAAACUGUUGUUUCUGAUGUAGAAAAUUAAUGUUUUUAAAUAGAAACAAAUGAAGGCUUGACUAAUUCAAUAGCAGAAUACAGUGCUAGUUUCACAUGAAAUCUACUGCCAGGGUUUGCAUACAGAUUGACUGCAGCUCAUCCAUUUGAAAGUAAUGUCCCAUUUUGUUUUGUGUUUUGUUUAGCUGUAGUGCAUCCCCCCAGUAUUUUUGGCAGUGUUAUGUGCAUCCUGUAACAUCAUUGCAGUAUAAAUCAUCAGCAGAAAUUCUGCUAGUGUGAACUUGUUACCCUGUAGUAGAGACUGCUUGUAACUAGCCCCGGUGCUAUUGUCGACAACAAAUGACAUGUCGAGCCUUGUUAAGAGAUGCUCAAUGGAGUGUUUCUGUUUUACUUUUAUUUUAAGUCAGUUAUCCACGACGUACAAUCUGACUUUUCCAGACUUGAGAAUGUGCAUUUGCUUUUAAGUAGAAUAAUUGUAUAAAAAAAAAUUCACAAUGAACCACAAUUUCCCAAGAAACAUUAUUUAUGUACACAAAAUUGUUAGCUAUUGGGCAGAAUAGAUGAGAACUAAAAUUAUUUACCUAACAAACACCGGCACUAAGGAAAAGGGUCGUACAGCUCUGCUGUUUUUUUCCAUUUAAAUCGUGCAGGAAUUUAGGCUUUUAAUGUUAUUUUUUUAAGCUGUCUAUUUAUUUAUUAGAAACAGUAAUUAUAUUUUGCAGUAUUUUCCCCUUUAAAGGCUCCGGACUAUGCUAUUAGAGCAAAUAACGAGCAUUUUCCUGCCGAUUGACCCAAGUAGCCGGUGAGUCUGAUAUAAGCAUUCAAUACACAUUUGAAAAUUAUUGAAUUAUAUGUGCAUCCAUUAUAGACCACUCAUUAUUCUUUAUCCACAAUUUAAUUUUAUGCCAUUCAAUAUACCCCUACAUGAGCUGUCAAAGUUGUGACGUGUUAUUCAAUUGUGUUUAAACUGAGUCGGGUGGGGAAGGGGAUGGUGUUGGUGCAUUAAAGGGGAGGAAUUAAAGCCAGGAUGUUCAGAUAUCACUUUUGCAAUCAAACAGCUUUCAGUUUGAAUGUGUGCUGAUGUAAACAAUAUCUGGACUGAAAAAAAAUAAGUAACCUCUUGCCAGCAAGCAUUCAAGGAUAACUGGGAGAAGCUGCUAGGCAAAUAUUGUUUGUGUGUGUGUGUAUAGAUAUAUAAUUCUGUUGUGGAUGGGAAUAUCUCCACCAGAUACGGUCCUUUACACUUUGCAUAUUUUGGUUUUGUGUGCUAUUAAAUUCAUGGGUGAAGGAAAAUGAGAAAGUAGAUUGGAGUCUUCAUAACCUGGUUGUGGCUUGUAAAUUACACGAGAUAGUAUGCAACUUCUAAGCUGUAUAAAAUGUCACCUGUGUUGAGCAUAGUAAUCCACACCUGUUUGGAGUCGUUUCAAUGUGCUGUAAGAGUUGGCUGGUUCAAACAUGAUUAGUUGGGUCGAUGAAAUAGACUCUUGAUGUAAGGAGGAAAUUUAGCGGAGAGCUUUGGAAUACAAAACAUGCAGCUUGGUAAUCUUUGUUCGAAGGAGAAUUUAUAGCCAGUUUAUUUGUUGAGUUUUCUGAUUAUCUGCUUAUUCAGUGUGUGGUGUCUUUGUUUUUAAAACUUAUUAGAAAUUAAAAUAUACAAAGUGAAAGGUCCUGUUAUGCUCCACAGUGAAGAAAAUAUUUCUGGAGGCAUGGUGCAGUGCCUCUAUAACUUUGAAAUGGGUUUUGAGUGUUUCCAUGUGACAGUAAAGCUGCUGUUCCUUGCAGCCUUUAUCACUUUGCUGUGAUUGCAUAUGUGAACAAAUAUUUUAAUUCUUCACUGUCGAUAAUUAAUUUAAAAAAAGCUUUUGUUAAUGUUGAGUUUUUAACUUCGUCCUGCUUUUGUAGACGCGUAUAGGAUAUUUUUUACAAAUUAAUGUAGAUUCAUUUUAAGGUCUUUUGUAAAUUAAGACUUGCUGACAAUUGAGCCUUUUGGCUUUUUUCUCCAUUGUGGCUAAUGAUUUGCAAGCCAAUCAAGCCAGGUUGAUAACAUUCCAUGUUUUUUUAGGCAUUGCCAUGUUAUAGGUGCUGGAAGAACAGAUACAGGCAAGCAUGAAGUUUGAAAUCCUUGCUUGUUUUAGUCGAUGCAACCAAAAACAUUCGUUGUUCUAUUUUUAUAAAAGCGAAGAGCACUAACUGGGGAAAUGAAAGCUUGGAGAUUUAUGACGUGGGGACUGGAGCUUUCCUGGACAUGGCAUGGGAAUACAAUCAGAAUCCAGUUCUUGAUCUUCAUUUUAUAAUCUUUAGUAUACGUUGGACUUUGUACAAACCUCUCUUUCCCAAUUCCCAGUGAGUGACCAUUCAGACCAUGUCUGCAGAAGUAGUAGGAACAGUAAUUCUAGCACAGAUGGGUUUGAUCUUUUUUUGGAAGUGCUGUUUUGACCUCAGGUCAACGUGGCUGCAUAGAAAUAGAAUGGUUUGGACUUAUCUGCUUUUAGGUGAAACCUAUUCAAUUUGCUGACAUGAGCCAUCAGUCAAAGCAUUUAGAAGAAGUUCAGUUUGAAGGAUAUUAAACUUACGAUGAUGGGAAGUAAUUGCAGAAAGAAACCAUCUGGUUAGCUGUGGGACUUGCAGAGGGAAACUUGACUAUUUCACAUUUGUCCCACUUCCAGUACAGACCAGUUCAGACGUCAUGCACAGUUCAGAACAUUAACUGAACUUCCAUGGUCCAGAUAUUGCAAGUAAGCAAUUAAAUCUGAUUGUCCUAAACUGUGGCAACAAAGCAGAAUGAAGUUAUGUCUCUCAUUAGACAAACCUUUACAGAAUCCAAUUUAUGAUUUGAGGGAGGGUGGUGAUGGGGGGGGAGGGAGGAGGGAGGAACUAAUGAAUCUUGUAGAUAUAUUUACGUAAACCAAGUGAAGAGAGCUACAGUUUAAAUUAUUGUAUUUCAGUAAUACUGUAGUGCUCCUACUGAGAACUAAUGUAUAGAAAAGGCUUUUGUGGUUAUUGAUGUUUCCCAGUCUUGAUGGGAUAGCGUGCUUUCAAUGUAAACUGAACUUAUAAACAGAAAGAGGCCAUUGCCCUUGAACACCAAAGUGGCCCCUGUUCAGUAACUGGACUUGAUGUAGAGCUCUCCAACCUGGUGCUUUGUUGUUUUGAAUGCUCAAAAUCUACAACCAUUUUAUUUUAUUAAUGAAGAUAAAUUUUCCAUAGGUUGUUUAGAAUAAAAGGAAGUUGAAGUUAUUAAUGCAAAAUGUUGAAAAUAUAAAGUUGAUUUGAAAGAAGUUAAUCAUUUCAGCUGUCCUUGCCAACAUGUACUUUGUGCAUUUAUGGUUUGGGCAGAGCACUGAAAUGAGAAUUCUUCUGAUUAAGAUUGCUUUCCAUUUCCCAAAGUUAUUUUAUUUUAACUCCUGUGUGAGACUUUCCAGACAGGUUUUUGUAUUUAAGUUCACUCGGUUUUGUGUGCUGAUCAGGUUGGGCUGCUUGUGAUUUGACAGGGAGGAGCCUCUUUAGUUGUAGUGGUAUGGCCAAUCUCAUGACAGUAAUGAUAUGACCUCUGGCCAAUGCAGUAUAUUAUUUCUCAUUAAGACUGCAUAGACAUUCUUCCAUACCUUUUGGGGAUGAGAUUUUGCUUGCAGAUGGCUGGUCUAGUGACUUGAACAAAUAAAUACACUCUAGUCGAUACUAACACCGACUGGUGCUUCCAUUCAAUAUUUGCCUCUGAUAAACAUUUGAUUUCUUUUUGGGUGCUCUGCAAGAGAGCAGAGAUUUAGAAUUAGUCACACUGUUCUUAAUGCCUCAACCAUUUGGCAUUAUUACUAAGUAAUGGCACAGGCAGUUUGUCGUGCUGAAUGGGUUCUUUAAUGAAGUAAGCUUUUACCCACAUUCGUCAAAAUUGAUUAUGAAGUUCAAGCUUGUAAUUUUAUGCUGAAUUUUGACACGUGGAAAGACAUCAGUAUAUAUAAGUGGAUUCAUAGCCUGUCAAUUAAAAAUAUAAACUAUAUUCUAUAAUUCAAUUCUAGAUUUUUUUUAAAUUAAAACUGAUAUUCUUUGUUUCAAUUUAUUAUUCAACUAGUUUUUAUGGGUUUUUUUCUAUUUUAAGUAUCUCAUUGUUAACUAGCUUAAAACCAAUUAACCCGUUCCUUCUGAAAAUUUCCUCUAAGCAGUUACAAGGUUUGAUAGACCAGCUCCAUUCUCUUUGGAAUUUGUAUCCAUCAGUUACAUUUUGUUUGACCUUUGCUACUAAGGAUUUGGUUAGAAUCAUAUGGACCAAGAUGCUGCUGCACUGUGAGUGUAUGGACAGAUAGUGAUUGUGAUAUCUGGCAUAGUCCCCGAAAGCCUUGUAGCUGGUACUCAAUGGUUGAUCAUUGGAAGGAUUUGUGUGAGCUAGUAACUGAAAUCUCUUGCCCUGCAGUAUUUUAAUUUCAAUCUGUACAUGGUGGCAAUUCAGUAUAUUUGUUCACUGCCGUAUUUAGGGUUAAGACUCUGGUGUCUGGUGAUCUCAAUUUUAGCCAUCUACUCUUUGAGGAUACUCAUCCUUGGUGCUCCAAUUCCUUCCCAUUGCAUUGGUCUGUCGUAAUCAUGUUUUACAAUAGAAAAAAUAAAUAACCCAGAGUCCAGAAGCCACCUUGGUACUUUGGAGCACUUUCCCACUCAUGGAUUUCUAACAGCUCAUUGUGUAAAUUAGUUUCCCCUUUUCCCAAGAUCAUUCCCACAUAGGCAAUUGGUACAAACAUCCAGUGCCCAUUCUUACUCAUAAUAUCGGGACAGCUCAUUUAAAUCAUUACUUGCUUGUAUAUGGCAUCAAAGUAAAACAAAUUGUAUGUUAGCAGUCAGUAAAUUGUUAAAAGAAUUAAAUUCAUUAGGAACAGCUGGGGACAGCGAUCCUCGUUCUUGGCGAUCAGUAAAUCUGCAUAGUUAAUGGUUAUGUCUUAAUUUUGUGAGUAACACUGAUAGGAAGGGGGGCACGUUAGUCAUGGAAGCAGAUGAGUAACAAACUUAACUGUUUUGCAUGGCAUGGCCAGAAACCUUCUCAGCAUUUGAAAGUAGUCAAUACCGUUCAAAUUUUGAGGUCUUCUAUUGUCAUGCUGGCGUAGCACGAUGUCGUCCCGAGUUUUCUGGGGCCUACCCAGCUGAGAUGGUUUUGUAAAGCUGUGUGCCUAGCUACCUCUCUGAUUUCCUUACGUAUUUCACUUGAAUUAAAUGUACAGUCGCAUCUGCUUGUAUUGUUUUGCCAUGUACAUUAGACUCAGACUAAUGCAGUUAAAUUAGUGGCAAGAUUUGUGAAAAGUCAAUAGUUGCUUGGUGACAAAAAUGAUGAAUAUCUGCAUAAUAUAGUUAAAUAUAUUUACUGCGAGUCUUUUAUAUUUUUUGUUUAAAUUGAGUUUGUAACCCACCUCUGAUCAUUACAUGAUGUAUUGAUGGUCCAUUUACUUAAAGGUCAAGGAAAGGGCAGGUGCAUAUUUAACAGUUAGGAUGAAACACCAAUAAUUGAAAACCUUGCUUUGUAAGUGGAAUAAUAUUGUCUGCUUUCCUGACAAUUUUGAAAUGUUGAUAUUUAGAAAAAGGAUAACAUCAUGGCCUUUUAAAAAAUGAAUUGCUAAUUUUGACAAUCAGCAAGCCAAGCAUAUUUGUAUUUUUGGUACCUGUCCACUACCCACUGGUACUCCAGGAGCAAGUGCGUCAUUGUAGAAGGGCCACUAAUGAUUGGCUGCCCUCUUACUCCAACUCUAGCUCUGCAAGCUGGUUGAAUAACCAGAACCUGUCUUCAUUCUCUAACAGCAUAACGCCAGAGGUUCCAAUCUUCCAGGAGGUUAACAAGCUCUGGGUUAUCUGCUAGAAGUCAUGUUCAUUGGGUUUAAUUGUCCACAUCGGAUUUCUUGCUGAACAAAGUGAUUUCAUCUAUGUGAAUAUUUUUGAAUAAAUAAUGCCUAGGGCUUGAGAGGGUAGAGUUCAGGUUGGAUUCCUAUGUAAGUGAAUAUGGAUGUCAGGAGAAGCCAAUAUUGCAUUUUGGCUGGUGUUUAUCUGAAAAACAGGAAAUUGGGUAACUUGCAGAUGCUAAAUCAAGAACCAUAGAAACUGUGUUCCUGUCAUAUGGAAGGGAGAGGAUUGAAUGCCCGGGAAAGACAGAAUCUAUAAAUAGUUAGAACUCUAGCAAUGUUCAUGAAAUUAAUUAUCUUUUAACUAAAAGUAACAGUCUGCAAUCACUUAAUUACUUGAUUUUUGUUUCAGUAGAUAAAGACCAUAACAUUUAAAGGAGACUCCUUUCACCUUGCGGUGUGUGUGUGUGUGCGUGUGCGUGUGUGUGUUUUCUCACUAUUAGAUUUGUUGGAGAAUCAUGUUGCAUAUAAACUUCGAUCAGUGAGUUUCCGUAGAUUCAUGUCCAACAAUGGUUGUAUAAAAUUCACUUGAGCUAUUGGAUUUGGAUGGCUGGCCCAAUUUUUAGGCUCUUAUUUGCAAGACUUUUGUUUAAAUAUAAAGGAAAAAACUUUUACUUGACCUUUAAAAUGGGCAUUUUAUCACUUAAUCUUUAAAACACUAGUAGCUAUAAAAUUCUGUUUGCAAAAUUUUCAAGAAAACUAAACUUUGUUUUAACAAAAUUGCCUUUUAAGUUCUAACCUACUCCAUGUUUUGUUUGCUUGUAAUGUUUGAAGUGCCUACUGUGCUGAAUUGGAAAUUAGGCUUCCAUAAAGCUUGGAUGCAUAGAGGAGUAAUAGGGCAUCUUUAUUUCUGUCAAUUGCUUAGUUCUUGCACCCACUUUAGCUUAAUGUAAAGAGAUUGCUGCAUUGAAUAAGUAUUUCUGGAUUUGCUGUUCAUGGUGUGGUAACUUACUCUAGUAGGAUUGAAAGCAUGUGCAGAACCUGUUGCAACACAGUUAUUGGGAGAGUUUGGGGAGGGGUGUGAUAUAGGAGAAGGUCUUGUGGAAUUAACAGUUUUCCUCUCGUAUUUGGCAUAAUACAAAAAAUUAUACCACUGUUUAAACUAUAGCCUGUUUGAAGCAAUUAGUUAAAUAAUAAAUGGGGAAUUUCCGGACUCGUAUAUUCCAUGCUAAAUGCAAUUUGAUGUAUUUUCAAAUCGGUUGGACAGUGAACAAGGGCAAGUGGCACUGUUGCUGCCCAUUUAUUUUCACAUUUGAACUUCAAAUUGUAUUUACAAAUUAAUCUUUCACAAACUGCAAAUCAUUUCACCUACCCCAAUUGCCAGAAUUAACAGGCUCCUCCUAUCUGCAGGAACUUUUUUCAAACACUAAUGUGACCAUCCAGAUGAAAGCAGCUAUUCUCUGACUUGCAUUGAGCGCCUUGCACUUUAAUAUAGCUCGUUGUAGUGUUGCGUCCCUCCUACAUGCCGCCUACCGCACGUCCUGCCAUUGGCUGCAGGGUGUCUCAACUUGCGUUAUGCCAAUAAACGUAUCUGUGCACAGACAAACAAUAAGAGCACAAGAGGGCAGAAUAAAAUAAAAUUGCCCCCUGGUAGGGUAACUCAGGUGUGCAAGUGAACAGGCAUCGUUUAUAAUGGGAGAAAGAAGUCCUGACGUACGAGCCUGUCUUUCCAGACAAAUCUUUAUUUUUUUACAUGGAACAUUGUUGAAUUUGUGCAAAGUAAAAUAUAUUAUAUUCCAUUUGAAAUUUAAAUGAUUAUAAAAUAUCACUGCAUUUUGAGGCUAUGGAGUAUUACCAGGUAGAUAAACUUACAUGAGUACCCUCUGUCACAAAAUUUAGCACAGUCUUAAUGCACAGGUCCGGUAGACCAGGGCACUUGAGAAUUAGGACCUGACCAAGUUUGGUGGGAGAUGGCUCGGGCAGCUUGAGUGGUUUGGCCUUUGCAAAGAUGCCCUUGUUUAACAAGUGCCACUUAUUUAAACAAAACCAUAUGGUUUUAAAAAUUAAGAGUCCCAUUUUAUUCCUGUGUUUGAUUGAAGUGGGAAUAAAAUUGAUGAGAUCCCAUAUCGCUUUAGAUUACAAUUUUGUCCAAUUGGUAUCUGAUAUUAUGCGGUCCUUUUUUUGUUACAAAUGGGUUUAAAGUAAAGAGAGUGAGUGAUACCAAAUUAAGCCUGUGACUUUCCAAAAAAGAAACCUUGUGGUUUUGAUGUGUUGCCUCAUAAAAAGAAAUCCUAAAUUGAGCAGUGACUUGCUGUUUGUAAAGUGUAUCUGAAGCGUAUUGUGCAUGAUGUUGCAUGGGGAGUGCACAGAUAUUAAUUCUGGGCUUGCACGCUGGUGUAAAUGAGUGCUGCCUGUUGAACAGUGUGCAGUAUUUAUUCUCUUAACUCAAGUUUUUGUUAACAAUGAUUCAACUUUAUUUGUUACUAAUAAAACCGGCAUUACAAAGGAA